UGCCACUAUACCAGCAUCAUCUCAAGAGUGAGAGCCCUGACCUGAACCUGGACCUAAACAUUUCGCAUUGCUCCUGGUCUGGUGGACGCCAUGGAGCAGGGGAAGAAGAAGCAGACGGGGAGGCUGCAGAAGGUCCUGAGGGAGCAGAAGGCCAGGCUCUACAUCAUCCGCCGCUGCGUCGUCAUGCUUCUCUGCUGGAGCGACUGAUCUAGGGCCAGGCUCAUCAGAAGCACGGCCACAAUGUGCCUUCCCUUCAUUAAUUCUCUCCUGCUUUCCUCCCCAUGUUUUUUUUUUCACA